AUGCUUCUCCCCAAGGGCGGCGUGACAUGGAAAUCGGCAAAAGCCAACCUGCCACCAUGGAAGGCAGUGCUCAUGCUCAUUUCAAAACCCCGGUUCAUCAUCUCCAUUGCCGCCGCGGGGCUGGUUGUACUGCUCUGGGGCGGUGUUAGUCGGUCCACGGCUGAGAUGCAGAGCAGCACCGGUAGAUAUUACUGCUUCGGCCCAUCAAAACCUCCAAACCACAUGUCCGCCAACGAGAUGGUAGACUGGCACUCCCAUCUCCAAACCCCCGUCAUCUUCAACCACCACGAACCAUACGAAGUGAACAACACCUCCAUCCAAAACAUCAACCUGAACCUCGUCAAAGCUACCCCAAAGGCAGCCGCAAUGGAAGAACGUGUCUUGAUCCUCACGCCGCUACGCAAUGCCGCUAGACACCUGGACAAAUACUUUGACUUGCUCUCUAUGCUCACCUAUCCACACCAUCUGAUCGAUAUAGCCUUCUUGGUCAGUGAUAGCAACGACGAGACUCUAGCUGAUCUGGCUGCGAACCUGAACCGCGUGCAGUCGAUGCCAGACAACAUUCCAUUCCGCAGUGCGAUGGUUGUAGAGAAGGAUUUCGGCGCCACGUUGGAUAUGGAUGUCAAUGCGAAGCAUGGAUACGAGGCCCAGGCUCCCAGACGGAAGAUGAUGGGUAAAGCGAGAAAUUUCUUGCUGGCCACGGCAUUGAAGCCCGAGCAUUCUUGGGUCUACUGGAGAGAUGUCGAUAUUGCCGAUAGCCCGCCCAAGAUCAUUGAGGACUUUGUCGCGCAUAACAAGGAUAUCCUUGUUCCUAGUAUGUUUUACUCCUCACUAUUUGGUUGUGGUGGAUACCUGUUUAUUAACCAUGCUAUAGAUGUUUGGUUCCACCGAUAUGUCGAUGGCCAUGAUAUCGAAGGAAGAUUUGACUACAAUUCCUGGGUAGAAUCAGACAAGGCCCGAAAGCUAGCUGCGACCUUGGACAAAGAUACCAUCAUCGUCGAGGGAUACCGAGAAUUCGACACCGGACGCCGCCACAUGGCUAGAGAAGGUGACUGGAGGAAAAACAAGGACGAGGAACUCGAGUUGGAUGGAAUCGGUGGUGUCAACAUCGUCGUCAAAGCUGAUGUUCACCGAGCAGGCAUCAACUUCCCCUCAUACGCCUUUGAGAACCAAGCUGAAACCGAAGGAUUCGCUAAGAUGGCCAAGCGAGCUGGAUACCAAGUCGUCGGUCUACCGAACUACGUCGUCUGGCAUCACGAUACUGAAGAAAAGCCCGGAAACGUCUAA